UACUGUCUCACACUUUUUCCUUCUUAGUUUUGUGCCUCAGUCAAUCUGAAACGUAACUUUCGGUGGAAUGGACCAGGCUUAUGGCAGAGAUAAUGGUGGAUAUAAUGGUGGAUAUAAUGGUGGAUAUAGAUCUAACCCCCGACCCUACAACCCUCAGGCCUAUGAACAGAGGCGUUACACAGGAAUGCAGUAUCAGGUGGGGCAGGGGAACAUUGCUGUGGUGUCUCCCUCUGGCACAUAUGAUAACAUGGUCCAUCAUGACCGCAACCAGCAGUUUAAUCAAGCUCCACCUGAAUACAGUGAAGAAGGGGAGGACAGCACGUUCAGUGAUCCUGCCAUACGAAGAGGAUUCAUAAGGAAAGUCUACUUGACCUUGAUGAUUCAGCUGCUUAUGACAGUCGGGAUCAUCUGCGCUUUUAUUUACUGGGACACUCUCUCUCAAUGGACGCGGGCCACCUACUGGUUCACCUACACCAUGAUGGGGGCGCAGAUUGUGUUCAUCGUGGCCUUGUCCUGCUGUGACAACCUCCGUCGUCGAGUCCCCCUCAAUUUCAUCGCCCUGGGCCUGUUUACUAUUGUAGAGGGUAUGAUGCUUGGAUCUCUAUCAGUGUACUUUGAUGCCAAAGCUGUACUGUGGGCCAUCGGGGCAACAGCAUUCGUGUCUUUUGCCUUGAGUCUAUUUGCUAUGCAGUCAAAGUGGGACUUCACCAUGGGAAGUGGGUGCCUGUGGGCGUUUGCCUGGACCCUCAUUUCGUUUGGAAUGCUCUGUGCCAUCCUUCGAUCACAGUAUCUAUACAUCACAUACGCCUGCCUGGGAACCUUGCUGUUUUCUUUGUACUUGGUGUUUGAUACCCAGCUUAUCCUUGGUGGUAAACACAGGAAGAAUGAAGUCUCUCCUGAAGAGUAUGUGUUUGCUGCCUUAAAUCUCUAUUUGGACAUUGUCCUCAUGUUCCUCUUCCUGCUGAGGAUCAUUGGCCUCAGCCGCUGACACUGAGCCUCCAUGACAGACCUCCCAAAAGCAACACUGAAACUCACUACGCACUAAAACCUUACUGCUGUUUGAAUGUCAAAUUGUACAACAUGCAUCUAGACUGAUAGUGAAUUAAGAGUCACAACCCUUUGUUAGUCCUCCAGACAGCUGCUACCACAUUUAAAUAGGAAGGGAUGUCUGUGAUGUAUGCAAGAUACAGCUCUUUUUCUUAACAUCUCUGUAAGUGUCACAAAUCAAGGUUAAUGUAAAUAAUGGUAUGCACUGCAAUACACUGUGUGCUAAAUGUUUAUUUUUGUAACCUUGAAAACUUAUAAAGAGGUUUUUAUUCUGCA